UUUAGUAUAUCAGCUACAUAUGUAUAUUUGUAUAUUGUGAAAAAACUUAAUAUUUGUCAUUAUGAACCAUAAACCAAUUGGUCCAAAAAGAGUUAAGAGGAGAAAGGAAGUCAAGAAAAGCAAGCCCUACGAGUCUUAUUAUAUGUACGAUGUGUUUAAGAAUCACAUGGCGCACCUGCGUUUCAGCCACGUGGUAUUUCAGCGAAAGGUGCCGCUAAUCAAAAGACUACAGCUCGUCCUGGAGAAAAAUAUAGGUCCUCAUGCCCAUGUGAUAAUUGGCAAUACGGUCUACAAGUGCCAAGUCCUGAUACUCCGCAUCUACUGCCGGCUUUUUAGCAAUAACCUUAAGCGCGGUGAUUUGGUCAGGUUUCCCAAUGGUGUGAUGAGCAACGAGUGCUUUGAAAUGGCCUACGGCUGGAUGAUCAGUGAUCAGAUAUACUGUCCCCGUAGCCAGUUGCUGGAUCUUUUGGUGGCCACAGAGCAGCUGAAGUGCGCAUCUUUGGCCAGGAGCCUUUUCCAGCGCCUGGACGACCACAGGCACUUCUCAGAUCUGAAGGCCUUCGCGUGCUUCUGGGAGGCCAAGCGCAGGGGCAUUAAGGCCAUGGCCGAUAUGAUGUUGGCCAGGGCGGGAAAGGCCUUCCUGGCUCUGGUCUGCACGAAGGGGUAUAUGAGGCUGGAUGUCUACAGCUUGUGCGAUCUACUCCGCUCCGAUAGCUUGGCUGUGCAAUCCGAGAUCGAGGUCUUUUAUGCAGCUCUACUAUGGCUUGAGUUCAACUAUCAAAGACGUAAAAUAUAUAUCUAUCGUGUCAUGAGCUUGGUAAGGUUCCAUAUGAUGCCAAAUGCAUUUCUUCUUCGGUGUGGGAGCAAUCUCAAGAAUUUGCGGCCACAUCUUGCGGAUCAGAUUUGUCCCUUGAUUUUUCAUGGAAUGCUGACAAAGCACGAAAGAUAUAUGAGUCCUCGAAAUUCAAACUGCUAUAAAUGGAAAACUCGCAAUUGGAUACGCGACCCCUUGUGUCCUUAUGGAAUUUGCCUCGAAAGAAACGGCUGCUGCGAUAUAAAUAUUGAAGUAUUUCUCUACUAUUUGAGGUGUAUUCGAAAAUCCCCUGAUGCUUUUCUGGCUCGGCUAAGAAAGACUAGCCACGAACCUUCUACAUCAGAGUAUUCUGGAGGCAAAUCCCCCGUGGAUGUUUUGAAACAUGAUUAUUUUUAUGAUGAUUCUGAGUCAUCUGAUAGUGAUUCAGUCUAUGAUCCUGACAGUGAACCUGGCGAAACCUCUACGUUGACCGCUUCCAAAGAAUCUAAAUAUACGAAAGAAGAUGAUUUUAUGCCGUCUCCUGGAUAUAUUGGUAUUGAUACGGAUGAAGAAGGAAUUUUUAAAAAGAAAUCGAAAGUCAGUUUUAAAAAUGUUAAUGAAUCGGUCUUUUUUUCGGAUUCUUCCCUGGAGACGUCUGAUGAAUUCUCUACGGAUACCACUGAAGAAUUUUUUACAGACUCCUGCCAGGAAACCUUUGCAAAAUAUAAUAAAUCAUCUCGGAAAAGCGCUUUAGAUUCCGUAAAAUAUGUCCUCGCAGAUUCUGAAACGGAUUCUGCUGCAUAUGCCGGCACAGAUUCUAAAACAGAUUCCACUAGAUAUGCCGGCACAGAUUCUGAAACGGAUUCCUCUAGAUAUUUCGUCACAGAUUCUGAAACAGAUUCUGCUAGAUAUAUCCGCGCAGAUUCUGAAACCGAUUCCGGUGAAUUAUCCGCUAGAUAUUCUAUUGCACAUUACUACAAAGAUUCCUAUAAGGGUAUACCAUUUAGAUCAUCAACCGGAAACCGUAGUUCUAAAACCACCUUAACAAAUGAUUCGUUGGAAUAUUUUUAA